AUGACAUCGAAGCUUCUUCCCACGCAUUCGACAGACCACGAAAAAAGCACUUCAACUGAAGUAUCACCCACAACUGAAGACGUCCUGGUUGAAAAUAAAACUGAUUCAAUCACGCCUCGAGUACUGAAGGAGCCGAAGGACUUGUGCGAUGAGCCCUUGAAUCCGAAGCUUGAAGAGGACUGCAAUAAUGAAAAUUGGGAGCUGAAGUGGUAUUUCAAUAAGGCACGAGGUGCAUGCAAGUCGUUCUGGUAUGGCGGAUGUGAAACAACAGCAAGAAACUUUUUCGGUGAUUUCAAGAGCUGUCGGACAACAUGCGGCCACAAAUAUCCAAAUCCGGAAGAAGCCCUCAACCCGGCCAAAUUUCGGCACCCACCAGUCGUACUCGAACCCUCUCCAACAUCCGCAAUAGCAACAUCGUCUCCCCCUUCAGAUGUCAUGACGUCCUCUGACGUUCCAAAUUCAUUAUUGAUGACUACAGCAGUGACGCCUUCAGAAUUCACUACCGACUUUGUGAGGAACGUGGACUCGGCUCCGCACACCGUACCCAUACCAACUACGGAAGAAAGCGCCGCACACAUGCCGUCGACUCAGUCGUCUACUCUUGAAGAAGUGAUCAUAGACAUCUGUAUUCAAGGCUACGAUCCGAAAUGGGACGAGGUGAACGAUGUCUGA